AAGAAGCAACUUCAAAGGAACUUCUAGCAACCGUCGUGCUAUCGCGGAUUCAAAAGGCCGUAAUGUGAUGAAACAUGACACAUUCGAGCUUACUGUCAAUUCAUCCUUAUACCCGUAUGUACCAAAUGCUUUUUUGCGUAGGCACAAAGAAUGUUGGGGAAAAUUCGUGGAGUUGAAAGUGGAUGAAAAGUCAUGGUCUGUAAAAGUGAAGUAUUAUCCUGGAGGCAGUAAAUUAUCUGUAGGUUGGACAGAGUUUAAGGAAGAAUGCAAAUUGGAGAUUGGAGACCGUUGUCGCUUUAAGUUGAUUGAUGAGAAAAAAUUUGUGUUUGAAGUUUCAUUUGAAAGAGUUUUAUAUGUUUAA